AUGAAGGCUUGCAUGCUCAAUCUGUUCGAUAUAGUUGUCAACAAUAUGUCUGAAACCGAUCAAAGCUAUCAGUCGGCCCUGCCCGGUUCAGAUACUUUACGAGAUAUAUUUCUAUGGAAGAAGAAGAUACAGAGUUUGCUUGUUCUUUUGAUAGCAACAGCAACAUGGGUGUUGCUCAAAGUCUAUCGUUUUAACUUCCUUACUGUAACUUCAUGGGCGGUCAUGUUUGUUGUCACUUCUCUGUUCCUUUGGGGCAAUAUGCUUAAGUUCUUCAACAAAGAACCUCCAAACCUGCAUGGAAUGUUUGAGGUAACAGAGGAGAGAGCUUUCAAGAUUGUGAAUACCAUUCGAGCAUGGAUUGAAGAAGGAAUUCGAUGGAUGUUUCGGGUGGCUGCGGAAAGAGAGUGGUUUGUAUUUGCUGGGACUGCCUCUGGUUUGUGGUUCCUAUCUCGUGUAGGGAGAUAUUUUGAUCUGCUCACCCUUCUUUUUACAGGCGUGCUUAUGGCCAUGACUAUUCCUGUGAUAUAUGCGACGUACAAGGAAAAUCUCACGAGGAGUGAGGAGUGGGUGAAGGCGCAGGCACGGAGGUACUAUGACAUAAUGGAUGAGAAGGUAGUCAAGAAUAUAAAGAAUAAGGUGACGGUCACCAAAGAGAAUUACAAGGAGAAGAAGGUCGAGUAG